UCCAAUCCCAAACCCCAGCAUGUGUCUGCUUGGUCUGUUUCGCAAGCGUUCCCCGGUAGUCUCGCGAUGUUGCGCCUCUGGGUUUAGAAAAUCUGUGCUACUGUUGUCUGACAGCUAGACGAGAACUGGCAUAGCUAGCUAGAUAUCUGAAAGGAAAUAAAGCAAUUCUCAACAUUGAUAGUUUCUAUAGAGGACUAUUUUAUACAUUGACGACCCCACAUAUCAGCUGUUAAAAUGAAAAAAGAAGGAACGCGCUGUUGGGCCUAACUGCUCUGAGCUGAGUCUGUUCCUCAUCAGUCCCUUGACACCUGACCCCCUGGACGGUGUAACCAUGACGACAGGGGAGUGUUGCCACCUCCCGGGCUCUCUGUGUGACUGCACUGGCAACGCUGCCCUGUCCAAAAGCGUGGAGGAGUCGGAUAACUGCAGAUCACAGUAUGUCACCCAGGUCACAGCUAAAGAUGGACGGCUGCUCUCCACUGUCAUCAAACCCGUGAGCACACAGAGCGAUGGGCCAAUCUGCCGGAUCUGCCAUGAGGGGGCCAACAGCGAGGGCCUCCUGUCCCCCUGCGACUGCACAGGGACUCUGGGCACAGUGCACAAGAGCUGCCUGGAGAAGUGGCUCUCCUCCUCCAACACCAGUUACUGUGAGCUGUGCCACACAGAGUUCACAAUUGAGCGGAAGCCCAGGUCCCUCACAGAGUGGAUGCGGGACCCCGGCCCUCGGAACGAGAAGCGCACGUUGUUCUGUGACAUGCUGUGCUUCCUGUUCAUCACGCCCCUGGCAGCCAUCUCUGGCUGGCUGUGUCUGAGGGGAGCUCAGGACCACCUGCACUUCAACAGCAGACUGGAGGCCGUGGGCCUCAUCGCCCUCACCAUCGCCCUCUUCACCAUUUACGUCCUCUGGACUCUGGUAUCAUUCCGCUACCACUGUCAGCUCUACUCUGAGUGGAGACGAACCAACCAGAAGUUCUCCACAUCCGACUAUAAAAGUGAGGCAUGGAUCGUUGAUGCUGAUCUAAGGAAUGUUGUUCGUGAAGAUGGAGAUUGUGCAAUAAAACACAGUGGAUGCGGUUGUUCUCGCAGUAUGUGAGGAGACUGCUCCCAACACGCACAGUUUUGCAUGCAUGUGAUGCACUGUUUAUUUUUUUGUUUGGGGGGGGGGGGGUGUAUUGUUUUUUUGUUUUUUUACAUUGGGGGAUUUAAAGAUCGGUUGUUCGAGCUUCCUUUGAUUUAGUGUUGCUAGUUUGUAUGUUGGUCAAGGUUUCCUCCCUGGGAGUAUAGAGGUCUCAUACUAUCAGCACUUAAUCGAAAAAACUGUGCAAAUAGAGUGAGCUGAUCUAUGUACAGUAGGUCUAGAUGCCACUGAUGAUGAAAUGCCUUUAUGGAAAUGUGUAUUCCACAAACAUGAAGUUCAAACUUUUUGUGGUUGAGGGAAAGUAAGGCUUACCUUUCCAGUAUCGCAUGGUCAAGGUCAGACUUACAGGAAAUCAACAGUACAUUGCUCUCCUAUGACGAGAUUCCAAUGAAAAGCUUUUAGUUAGUGUGUUUUUUGUAUUGGUGUGUUUUCUUUUUGUGUAGUCACGUAACAAUAGCUAGUAAUCGCAUCCAGAAAGAGCGUAGAUUGGUUGGUUGAUGUUACUUCGGGUUUUGUGGAAGUUGUAUUCCCUCCGAUAUGCAGUUGACCAGACUCUGACGCCUACACUCAGACCUACCUACAGACUGUACCUUGACAGUAGAACCCAGUGUCUGGUUCUAGACUGUUAUGGGUUUUGUUGUUCUCCAUCUACCACAACUUUAAAACAUAUGAGGUGACCUCUGGAUGAGAGCGAGAUGUGCAGAAACAGCAUAGGUCUUUGUGUGGGUUUUGUGCAUUUGAUUUCUUCCCUGUACACUGUAUGGUCCUUUCAGACAUCCCUCUGUCUUAGCAAAGCUUCAUUUCCACAUAUUUCUAUAUGUAUUUGUAUGUAUUGUUAAUCAUAGUGUCCUUGGUUGACCAUACAAGUAUUGACCCUGAAUCUUAAAAGCUGUUAACAGGCCUAAAGAGAGGAGGAUUAAUGCAAAUAUCCUCCUCAGUAGGGGAAGCUCACGUUAUGGUGCACAGAAGCCAAAAACCUAGGCCUAGAUCUGUCACUCUUUUGUAUUUUCUAUGAUAGUUGAAUUUGUUUCAACCCCUUCAUAGCAAUCAUGCUCCUAUCUAUUGCUCAUCUGUAGGGGCAGGUUCAACUCUUCCGGUACCUGAGGGUUGAUCACCUGAAGGGCUUUGCGGUGGAACAGCUAUGCACUGGAAAGGUUUCUUUAUGCAGCUGUAAGAACCCUGGUUGUGGGAGUGGCAUUCUGAAAAUCAGAUUAAACUUGAUCUACAGUAAACAAAGUAGGAAGUCAUCCUCAGCAUAGACGGACACUAGUCAGCCCAGUUCAGUUCCGUGUAGUGUUCUGUUGGGAGACCCAUUCUGAAAAUCGAUAGAAAUGUUUUUGUUGUUGUGAAGUGGCGAUUGUCACUCUGAAGGAAUCCUCAUCUGGUGUUAAAUGGUAGAUAACGUUGUGCAAUAGUAAUACUAGAGCUUAGUAUGAGGUUAUUUUCCUCCGUGUGUGUGUGUGGGGUGGGGUGGAACCGUGUUGAGGAUCUUUCAGGGUGGAGAGAGUUCUUAUCUGUGUCGUCAGCGAUGGGCCACUGCCCGUGUCACAUGCUGUCUCUGAUUGGUGAGUUCGCCUCCAGCUGACGUGUUGGGAGCUAUGGAGACUUUGCAAUGUAGGGUGUAGUUACAGCAAGUGUGCAAUUAGAUCACUUUACAAUGCAAUUCUUACCUAUAACCUUAACAAUACGUAAUGAAAGCAGAAAUAUAAUGUAGAAGUAAGUGCAUGUGAAGGAUCAUAGCAGUUCGCUCACUUGUGCAGGCUGAGAAGGUCACGAUAGGAUGUUGGAUUUUUCUAUGCGAGUCUUGAGUUGCCUAGAAUGUGCUCAGAGACCUUAAACUCCAGUGUUAUAACCGCUAAUUCAAACAGUUCCUUCUCUCCAAAGAAGCAUUGAUUCUUGUGUUUUAUACCAGUAUAUCAAACGGCACUUUCACAAAACUAUAAUGGAAAUGAAUACAGUGUGGUUGUUUAUAUCAUCUCCCAAUACAGACUUUGAAAGGGAUUUAAAAGUGUUACUGAUAUUGUACAAUUUUCCCAGUUUCUGGUGUUUGGAUAUUGCUCCUCUGAUUUUGUUUUUGAUUUGAAGAUGAAACCAAGGGUCCAGGGCAUUGUCAUGCUCGUAUGUAAAAGGAGCAACAUACCAGCUUUGUAGCCUUGUUUUUGUUAAUGUUUUAAUCUCGUGUUCAUUUUACCACAGUUUUUAAUAUAUUCAUGUGUAUCAUUUGUAAUUUUGUUUCAAUUAUUCACUAAGCACAGGAUUUGUAUCAAUCUUAUUACACUAUAGUAUUUCAAAACAUGUUUAUGUUGUGCAAUGUAAAAAAAGAAAGAUGUCUUCACCGAUAUAUGUUGGUGCUUGCAAUCAGCCAAGAAAAUUGUGCAAAGCAAAUUUAAAAAUGAAGCAACAGAAUGGAUAAACA